UUGUCUCUGUAUAUACUAUGGUAUUACAUUUCAGAUUCAAUUGGAAAGAAAUAUAUUGUGCUCUAUUAUUCACUUUUUCUUUACCAAUAUAAAGUUUUGUUUAAUUCUUCAGAUUGUGUGUUACCCAAAGAUAAGUAGUGAUAAAUCCACGUUGUGGUUAUCUUUCUUGAAAAUUGAAGUAUAUAAUGACGACUGAUAAUUGUGGAAGACUAAUUAAAGAGGAGGAGGAAAAGGAGGAAUGUAAUGCAGUCCAAAGGAUUAUGAAAUAUGAAUUAGAGGCAAAACAAGUCAAAAGUGAAGAUCUCAUUGAUGUUGUUGAUCAUGAUUUGAAAUCUGAGAGGUACUUUGAAGAAGUAAAAGAAGCCUCACACUGUGAGGUAUGUGGAGGUUUGCUUGGUCCAACUGAUUUCUUCAGCUCUGAUCUUUGGAAAUUCUGUUGCCAAUGCCAGAAUGGGUCUAAUACUAUGCAAGAUGAAUAUUUGACUGUAGAUUUGAAACCACUUGCUUCAGAUCUUGGAAGCUCUCUUUUUAGAACCCAAAAAGAAGCAAUUUUUGUGAAGGAAGAGGAGAUAAUCAAUGAAAAUAUGUUGAAUGAAAGUGUUCAUUUUGUUCAACCCAAAAUAUCAUGUGAAACAGAGGAAAACGAAGACCAGUCAAUCAAUUUGAAUGAAAGAACUGAUGUGAAAUCUGUUGAAAAUACCUAUACAGGGAAGAUGCCACUUCAUCAUAAAAUUUGCGAAAGUAGCUUGAAAUUGCAUGAAAAUAUUAAUACAGGCGAAAAAUCAUUUCAAUGUAAAAUCUGCUCUAGAUCAUAUACUGGGCCUAGUGAUUUAAAAAACCAUGAACAAAUUCAUAUUAAGGAAAAACCGUUUCAGUGUAAAAUCUGCUCCAAAUUAUUCUUUCGGUGUGAUCAUUUGAAAAGACAUGAAACAAUUCAUACUGGCGAAAAACCGUUUCACUGUAAAAUCUGCUCUAGAUCAUUCAUUCAUGGAGGUGAUUUGAAAAAACAUGAAAAAAUUCAUACUGGCGAGAAAUCUUUUCAGUGUAACAUCUGUUGUAAAUCAUUCAAUGGAAGUAGCAGUUUGAAAAGACAUGAAAAAAUUCAUACAGGGGAAAAAUCGUUUCGAUGUAACUUCUGCUCCAAAUCAUUCAAUCACUGUGGUAACUUGAAAACACAUGAAAAAAUACAUACUGGCGAAAAACUGUUUCAGUGUAAAAUCUGCUCUAAAUCAUUUAAUCACUGUGGUUACUUGAAAAUACAUGAAAAAAUUCAUACUGGCGAAAAACCCUUUCAGUGUAAAAUCUGCUCUAAAUCAUUCCGUCAAUGCAGUCAUUUGAAAGAACAUGAAAAAAUUCAUACCGGCGAGAAACUGUUUCAGUGUAAAAUCUGCACUAAAUCAUUCUUUCGCAAAAGUUAUUUGAAAGGA